GCCUGACGGCUUACGACUCUCCAUACACACACACACCAACCUCCUUCUCAUUUCAUUCCCCAUUUCCUUUUAAAAUUACUCCUUAUUUCAAUUCAACAAACCCCUUCGCAUAUCAUCACAUUUUCAAUAUUCUUCUCUUUCUCAUCAUCUUUCUUUUCGAAUCUUAAUAAAUAAAGUAGCGUGAUGGUGUUUUUCCGCAGCGUUUCGCUCCUCACUAAGCUCAGAAAUCGUGCUGUUCAACAACCUAGUUUGACCAAUUCAGUACGGUGGUUGCAGAUUCAGACUUCUUCUGACCUUGACCUUCAUUCCCAGCUUAAGGAAUUGAUUCCAGAGCAGCAGGAGCGUCUAAAAAAGAUUAAGUCAGAUUAUGGAAAAGUUCAGUUGGGUAACAUUACUGUUGAUAUGGUACUUGGUGGGAUGAGAGGAAUGACAGGUCUACUUUGGGAAACAUCCUUGCUUGACCCAGAUGAGGGAAUUCGUUUCCGAGGCCUCUCCAUACCUGAAUGUCAAAAGGUAUUGCCAGCAGCAAAGCCUGGUGGAGAGCCAUUGCCUGAGGGUCUUUUAUGGCUUCUUUUGACCGGAAAGGUACCAACUAAAGAACAGGUUGAUUCUUUAUCCAAGGAACUCCGCAGUCGUGCCACUAUCCCAGAUCAUGUCUAUAAAGCGAUUGAUGCCCUACCUGUCACAGCUCAUCCAAUGACUCAGUUUACCACUGGUGUUAUGGCUCUUCAGGUACAAAGUGAAUUUUCCAAAGCAUAUGAGAAGGGGAUCCAUAAAUCCAAAUACUGGGAGCCGACAUAUGAGGACUGUCUUUCAUUGAUUGCCCAAGUACCAGCUGUAGCUGCAUAUGUCUACCGCAGGAUAUACAAAAACGGAGAAAGGAUACCCAUGGAUGACUCGCUAGAUUAUGGUGGAAAUUUUGCACACAUGCUUGGAUUUGAUGGUCCUGAAAUGCAAGAGCUAAUGAGACUAUAUGUCACUAUCCACAGUGACCAUGAAGGUGGAAACGUCAGUGCUCACACUGGUCAUCUUGUUGCUAGUGCCCUCUCGGAUCCAUAUCUUUCAUUUGCUGCAGCAUUGAAUGGCCUAGCUGGACCUCUGCAUGGUUUGGCUAAUCAGGAAGUAUUACUAUGGAUAAAGUCUGUGGUAGAUGAAUGCGGGGAGAACAUAACCAAGGACCAACUGAAAGACUACGUCUGGAAAACCUUGAACAGUGGCAAGGUUGUUCCUGGAUUUGGGCAUGGUGUUCUGCGAAAAACAGACCCCAGAUACAUAUGCCAACGAGAAUUUGCAUUGAAACACUUGCCUGAUGAUCCUCUAUUCCAGCUGGUGUCAAAACUUUAUGAUGUGGUACCACCAAUACUAACAGAACUUGGCAAGGUGAAAAACCCAUGGCCCAAUGUUGACGCUCAUAGUGGGGUGUUGCUCAACUACUACGGUUUAACUGAAGCAAGAUAUUACACUGUUCUCUUUGGCGUAUCGAGGGCAAUUGGAAUCUGUUCUCAGCUCAUAUGGGACCGGGCUCUUGGGUUGGCAUUGGAAAGGCCGAAAAGUGUUACAAUGGAAUGGCUUGAAAACCACUGCAAGAAAUCUGCAUAAUUUUGUAAACAAAACGAAUCCAUUUCAUUUAUUUAAAAAUCCAAAUAAUAAUAAUUGUUUGUAGAUAUGCAGUAGUCGUAUGAAAAGCCUAGGCAUGAGUGGUGCCUAUUAAAGCAUUAUUGUGGUUAUUUGGUCGGCUUACAUUUAUAGUUACGAACUAACAUAUCUUGUAAUUUAUAAAUCUGGUGUUCUUGGUAACAGCUAUGCCGGUUUUGCUGAAGUAUGGAAACAUCUUUAUUAUCUUGAUA